GGACAUCACUUCCUCCUAGCGAAGACACAAGUGCAACAUCAACUGCUGUGACCUCUCAAUCAUGGACGACUUCUUUAACUUGAGUGACAUCUAUGACUAUAACUUCAGCAUUCCAGACGGCAACUUCACUUUUCCCGAUUUUCCCGAUAUCAUGAGGCCCAAGAUUCAGCCUAUCCAAGUCGUUGCUCUGACCUUCUAUGCCCUUGUGGUUUUAUUUGGCGUUCCUGGGAAUUUCAUAGUGGUGUGGGUGACCGGAUUCAAAAUGCCCGCGUCGGUCACAUCCAUCUGGUUCCUCAACCUCGCGCUGGCUGACCUCCUGUGUUGCCUCUCGCUGCCUCUUCUCAUGGUGCCACUUGCCCACGAUGACCACUGGCACUUUGGCCCAAUAGCGUGCACAUUGGUCAAAGGCCUCUUCUACUUAGUGAUGUAUUGCAGCAUCUUGCAACUCGUCUUCAUAAGUGUGGAUCGUUGGUUGCUGGUGGCCUGGCCCAUAUGGUGCCACAACAACAGGCGACCCAAGUACGCUGUCUUGGGCUGUGUUGCAGUGUGGUGUCUGGCCCUGAUAGGAAGCAUCCCUCAGUUUGUGUUCACUCGGGAGAUCGAGUUGGGCGAGUACAAGCGCGAGUGUGUGGUGGCUUACAGUGUGGAGAAGGCCUGGGCCGUCACAACCCUUCGCUUCCUGUUUGGAUUCAUCCUGCCAUUCCUCAUCAUCGUCAUCUGCCACUUGAUGGUCUACAGAAAAGCCGACAGUAAAGUGGCAUCCACUAGGACUCGCUCCAAGCGGACGCUGAGGGUCAUCGUUGCCGUGGUGCUCAGCUUUUUCCUGUGCUGGCUACCCCUGCAUAUUGUCGACUUCUUGAUCUUGGUGACCCCUCGGCAUUCCCCUAACAGCCCAUCCGUGUAUCUGGCCCAUGUUUUGACUCUAUGCCUGGCAUACUUUAACAGCUGCCUCAACCCUCUUCUUUAUGUGUGUCUCGGCCGAAGCUUCAAAGACACCAUGAACCGCUCCCUGUGCAACAUUUUGCACUUACUGAGCGAGGACCACACGCCCAGAACCAGCAUCACUCCUCAUACUACCACAAGCUCCUCAGAAAAGCAGAUGACUAACGUAUGAGGAGGUGCAGAAAUUGACAUGAGCCAUGAUCAACUGUGGCAGUGGAUGAGAAGGCUCGGAAUUUCUUCCUUCCUUUAAUUUACUACAUUAUAUGGUAUGAUGGCCCAUUCUUGGCAAGAGAAAUAUAUUUGUUAAUAGAUGCCACAUACAUCAUUAUGAAGCAGUACAAACAAACAGAACCAUUAAAUGCAACUUCAUAAAAUGCUGUAAAAUAAAAAAACAGAUUUCUCAUGUUUAAUGCAAAAAAUAAUAUCUGUUGUGCUCUUUACCAAUGAUUCAAUGUUCAUGUCAAAGUUGUGCAAAUACAUCAUGUACUCUGUUU